AUGGCUGAGUCACGAGAUCAAGGGUCGUUGGCUACCUCGCUCUGGACCAGGUCUCUAAUAGCCGGCGCCGUUGCUGGUCUCACGGUUGAUUGCUCCCUUUACCCGCUAGACACCAUUAAGACCCGUCUCCAGAAAGCUAGGCAUCAUGGCUCCUCCGCCCCGGCUUCGAGCGUCUCCCUCCGACAGACUAUCCGAGGCAUCUACGCAGGUCUUCCAUCAGUCCUUCUCGGCUCGGCUCCGUCGGCCGCAUCAUUCUUCAUUGUCUACGACGGUGUCAAGCGCUCCCUUGCAACAAAGCCGGAGUCACAGUCCCGCAGCCAGCUAAUCCUCACACAAUCACUCGCCUCGUCCAUGGGUGAGAUUGCAGCAUGCGCAGUUAGAGUACCCACCGAGGUCGUCAAACAACGAGCUCAGGCUGGCCUGUUCGGCGGCUCAAGUCUGCUUGCUCUAAAGGAUAUUCUGGCCCUGCGGCAUCCGGACCCGGCGAGCGGCGCGAAGAGAGGAUAUGGACAGGUUGUACGAGAACUAUACCGAGGAGCGGGUAUCACAAUUGCGCGCGAGAUUCCGUUUGCGAUCUUGCAGUUUAGCAUGUGGGAGGCCAUGAAGGAGGCAUAUAUCAAGCGGCAACAGUUGGAAGGACCGGUACCGGCGUCCACGAGUGCAUUAUUUGGAAGCAUUGCCGGUGCGAUCUCGGCUGGGUUGACGACACCAUUGGACGUCAUCAAGACGCGAGUUAUGUUGGCGCGGCGAGGGGAUGGUGCGGAAGUGAAGUCCGGAGCUCAGAUAAAGCAUGCCGUGCAGGAAAUCUCUAAGGAAGGGUUCAGCGCCUUUUUCAGGGGUAUCCAGCCGCGGGUUGCGUGGAUCGGUAUUGGAGGUGCGAUUUUCCUGGGAAGUUACCAGUUCGCUUGGAAUACUAUGGAGCGUAGGUCGAAAGAAGAGUAG